AUGGCUUCAUCAUUAAUCUUCUCCUCUUCGACCUCCUCAACCUCUUCUACCGCCCCAUCCUCACCUAGUUCGACCGCUUCCAACAUUGAUCUCUCUCAACAACUCGUUUUCGCCUAUUCGUUCGCUUUGGCAGAGCACACUAGACGACAAUUGAGAGAUGCGUAUAGGCAAGCGGAGUUGGCAGCGGCUGAGAGGGCGAAAAGAGGGGUACCCGUUUCGAUGAAGAUGCCUAUUAUUCCGCCUCCACCGAACGCUACUGGUACCAUCGUCGCUGGUGCCACUACUACUGGUCGAAGUAUCACGACGACUACUACUACUAUGCGCGCUCACUAA